UUGUUUCUUUUUAGGUGCUCUUCUUGUCCGGAAUCUUCUUGCUCUACUGGAAAAUGUAUCAAUUUUGCUCAGCUUUGCGAUGGAACUGCAGAUUGUCCAGAAAAUGAUGAUGAAUCUGAUUGUCGAGCUUCAUUUUUCCGAUUAGCUGAUGGAAAAUCGGAUAUGAGUGGAAAUUUAGAAGUGAUGUUCAGAUCGAAAUGGGAACCAGUUUGUGCUGAUGAGUUAGAACAACUUGACAAUAUUUGUCAGAUUAUGCGACUUGGAGAUACGGGAAGCUUUUUGAGAGAAACACAAAUAUCUGGAAAUUCUACAAAAUCAGCGUGGAAAAUCAUCGAGGAUCGGAAAAUAAUGAGAGUUUCAAAAUGCCGGAAAUUGGCAAAAAUUUCAUGUCAAUCUUCUUCGACUUCAUCAAUUUCUCUUGAAUGCGGAGCAAGAUAUGUGGAAAUAAAUGCAAGGGAUGCCAGAAGAGCUCGAAUCGCAAGAGUUGUUGGAGGAUUUGAAACUCAAGCUGGAGCAUUUCCAUGGACGGCUGCGUUGAAAAUCAAGAAAACUGGAGAACAUCAAUGUGGAGCAUCGAUUAUUGGAAGAAGGCAUUUGAUCACAGCAGCACAUUGUUUUGAGUGGGUUUUUUGGGAGUGUAAAAUUGGGGAGUUGAAAAAGUAACAUAACACUUGACAUAAUUUAAAUUCCAUGUAGAAUCGGUAUUUAGAAAAAAAAUUUUUUCAAAUAAUCAAUUUUUUCGAACAUUUCAUAUUUCAGCUGUCCAAACAGUAGGUGGGAGGAAAAUUUGAAUAUUUCAGAGUUAAAAACGUUUUCCAUGAGUAUUAAAAAAAAUGAUUUCAGAGAAGAUGAUCGUCCAUCUUCAUAUCAAUUAAUAAUUGGAGAAUGGGAUAAUAAUAAAACCGAAGGAACUGAACAAAUAUUCGACCUGAAAAGAAUCACAUUUUAUCCAACUUAUAAGGAUAUUUUCUCGCAUGAUAUUGCAAUUCUGGAAAUCGAUGAUCCUGGAAUUAUAUUCGAUUUGUAUUCUCAACCAAUUUGUUUGCCAGAUCGAGAUUUUGUUUAUACUCCUGGUAGACAAUGUGUGGUUUCAGGAUGGGGGAGUAUGGGAUUACGUGAGUUUUUUUUUCAUUUCGAAAUUUUUGAAGAAAAUUUUAAAACUCCAAUUCUCAAAACAAAGCAUGAAUGUUUUAUUCCUAAAAUAUUCUAUUUUUGCAGGUUAUGCUCAACGUCUUCAAGCUGCUCUGAUCCCAAUAAUCGAUCGUUCUGAAUGCCAGAAUUCAUCCGAAAUUUACGAAUCAAUGAGCCGCACCGCAUUUUGUGCUGGUUAUCUAGAAGGCGGUGUUGAUUCAUGUCAAGGAGAUUCUGGUGGACCAUUUGCAUGUCGACGAGAAAAAGAUGGAGCAUUUGUACUUGCUGGAGUUAUAUCUUGGGGCGAUGGAUGUGCACAGAAAAAACAACCUGGUAUUUAUACAAUGGUUGCACCGUAUUUGAGUUGGAUUAAUAGUGUUUUGAUUGGACAGGAGAUGUGA